AUGAAGAGCUUCAUCGGCUCCCAGGUCGCCCUCCGCACCUUGGAGGCUGGUUUCAAUGUUUGUCUUGUGGUUCGGCGCGAAGAUCAGGCUGACAAGCUACGCCGGAUCUUCGCCGAACACCAAGAUAAAAUAACCUUUGUUGUCGUGCCCGACAUCACCGCACCCGGAGGCUUUGAUGAGUGCUUGCAGGGGGUUGAGUAUGUGAUGCACGUAGCCUCACCCAUACCCGGCUCAGGCACUGCAGAUCACCUGACUCCCGCUGUGAAAGGAACAGUGUCUGUGCUACAGUCGGCUCUGAAAGUCCCAAGCAUCCGGAAAGUGGUGAUCACGGCCUCCAUCUUCUCUCUGAUACCCAUUGGACCAAUCCCAGAUGGCGCGGUCGUUCGAGAGGAUAACGAUUUCGAUUUUACGUUUGAUGUCGAAUCUCUUCCCGGCCGCCCCGAAAUUGAAAAAUAUCAUGCCAGCAAGAUAGCCGCCCAAAAGGCCGUGAUCGACUUCGUGGCCGCCAACAAUCCACCUUUUGACAUAGCCACGAUUCAUCCCAUCUAUGUCUUUGGUCGCAGUCUCGCCCAAGAGACUGCGGAGCAACUUAACGGCACGAACAGACUGCUCUUCCUUUCGCUCACGUCUGGAAUGCCACUGGAUGGGCAGUUCAUCGGCGUUCAUGUGGAUGAUGUUGCUAUAGCGCACGUCAGAGCUCUGACCAGGAGCGGUAGUACUGUCAAGGGUGUACAGCCGUACCUUGUUUCGUGCAAAAGACAUUCGUGGCGGGAAGUAUAUGGUUUUGUGAAAACGCGCUACCCCAAUGUACCGGUCAAGCUGGACCCCGUGGAUUCAACCAACUAUAUGGUUGAUACCACUAGGGCAGAGCGUAAGCUGGGAAUGGAGUUUCGACAGAUGGAAGAGCAGGUGGCAGAGGUCACGGAUCAGCAGUUGGAGCUAAGGGGUUAA